CUCGCUCUCCCUCUUUCACUCUCUCACUCUCACUCUCACUCACUCUCGAGACACUCCCUCACGCACACCGAGUAUUGCCCCAACUCCCUCAGCUUACCACAGCCUACGACGACGCAACAAGGCUCCCGAGUGAACGUUAUAUCGAGCCAGCACGAACACUUGUGAGAGAGCUGCACCGCACAGCAGGAACUAGAAAGAGAUAUCACAAGAGGCAACAACGGGACAAGAUGGCGUCUACCCAGGAAUAUUUCCCUCCUCCCCCAGGCGGUCAUGCUCACACCGACAAUCACUACCCGGCCCCACCUCAGCCGCAACAGCAACAGCAGCAGCACUUCGCGCCUCCGCCAACGUUCGCACCUCCUCCUACUGUUUCUCCAAUUACACCUCCUGGUACAGAGGCCACCGGCAUCCCACGAGCCACGCCCGAACCAAACCAACAGGAUCAGAUAUCGAUACCAUACCAUCCAGGCCCACCAACGACUUCGCAAGAGCCUGAACCCAGUUAUGCGACCUCGAACUAUACGGCAUUAGCAAGCCCUAGACAACUGUCCUUCAACCGCCAAUCAUCGAUUCCAGGCGGCGCACCUCCCCCAGGACAAUUCACAGGCGCAGGAGCAACAUUAGACGAUGUGGGAACGUUCAACGGCGGCUCGUAUCGAAUUUCGCAUCGCGACACCAACACAAUCGUCACGAUCCAGCUCGCCAUGGGCUGUCCCAUCACGGUCAAGCCCGGCGCCAUGAUUGCCAUGUCACCCACCAUCACAGUCAAAGGCUCUGUGAAAUUUAGUAUGAAGAAGCUAUUGGCUAGAGGCGAAAUGUCUCAUACCACGUUCACGGGGCCGGGAGAGCUACUCUUAGCACCGUUUGCAUUGGGCGACAUUACCAAUAUCAGGCUGUCGGGGAAAGGAGAGACGUGGAAUAUAGGCAAAGACGCGUUCCUGGCAUGUACGCAAGGUGUCACAAAGGACUAUGUCAGUCAGGCUUUGAGCAAAGCCAUCUUCUCUGGCGAAGGACUGUUUGUAUACAAACUCGGUGGAGCAGGAAUAUGUUGGAUCCAAUCCAUGGGUGCCAUUAUUCGCAAAGAUCUCCGCGAAGGCGAAAAAUACAUCAUCGACAAUGGCCACUUGGUCGCGUGGAACUGCAACUACGUCCUCGAACGAGUGGCGAGCGGCGGCAUCAUCAGCAACAUGAGCGCGGGCGAAGGUCUGGUGUGCAAAUUCUCUGGUCCCGGCACCGUGUUUAUGCAGACUCGCAAUCCUGCUGCCUUUUCACAGUACAUGGCUGCACACGGAGGCGCUGCAUAGGAGGUACUUACCUAAGAUGGGUGGAGUUGGGGCUGGCAUACCAUAUGGAUGGAUGGAUGGACAGGUCUCGGCCGAAGUCUCGGUCUAAGUCUCGGUCUGGAGAUUAUUGGGGAAGCUGCGAUCAUGCCCUUGGAAAAUACGGUAGGUACGGUAGGUAGUAGGGAUGGACGCGUUUCAUGAAUUGAUGGGGAACACUGGGGUUUGAUGUGGCGCUAGGUACCUGACCUGACCUGGCAAUAUGUUGUUUUCCAUUUUGAGAUACCUACCGAAACGAGAAUGAGGACGUUGUAGCCAUGUUUUGGUUCAUAUAUCGUAGGUACCUCUUUAC